AUGACGUCAGUAGUGUUAACACCGAAUCAGCCCCCGGUACUCAGUGUCAAACUCAAAAUCAACAAAAUUAAGAAGGUAUGACAAAAAUUAUUUAUCUCUCGGAUUUAUUAAAACUACUAUAAAUGAUGAAGAACGGUCUCAGUGUGUAGUAUGUUUAACUGUAUUAGCAUCUGAUAGCAUAAAUCCUAAUAAAUUAAGAAGGCGUUUAGAAACAAAACAUACUGAAUUAGUUAACUAACCUAAAGAAUUUUUUGAUCGAAAGUGUAGCAGCUUUCAAUCUACUUAACAGAUAUUUGAAAAACGAACACUGUCCCUCCCAAAGCUCUUUUAUGGUUGCUCAUAGAAUUGGCAAAUGCAAAAAGUCUCAUACAGUAGGUAAAACUCUUAUAUUACCAGCAGCUGUUGAUAUUGUUUCUACAAUGUUUGGAGACAAUUAAGCUCAACAACUAAAAUCCAUACCUCUUUCCAAUAGCGCAUCAUAGCGAAUAUCAGAUAUUUCUGAAGAUAUCAGUGAACAAUUAUUUGAAAACUAAAAGAUAAAGUUUUUGGGAUUCAAUUGAAUGAAGCGACUGAUAAACUGAUAAGAUUAUAAGAGAAGAAAUGGUUUUUUGCGAAUCUUUAACCACCAACGCUACUGAAGAGUGUAUUUUUGGUAUUAUUGACAAUUUUUUUAAUAACAUGAUAUGCAAUGGAAUAAAUGUAUUUGUUUGUGCAAGGAUGGAGCCAAAGCUAUCGCAGGUCAGUAAACUGGAUUUUAUGUGGGUAAGAGAUUGAAAAAAACCUUCAGCAGAGUUGUACUGCGAUACACAGUUCCUUUUGAAGCUAAUUUAUCUUACAGAUAUUUUUUCAAAACUAAAUGUGUUGAAUAAAUCUCUGCAAAAAGAAAAAACCGAUAAUCUUAUAUGGGAAGAAAAGAUACAAGGCUCCAUUAAAAUUAUGUUAUUAAGUUAUUACUGUGGGAGGCUGCUUUAAAAACACCGGACCUAACAGUUUUUCCAACGUUACUGAACAUGAUGUGAAAAUUUGAGUGUCAAGGAGAUUCCUCAAAAACUAACAACAUGUUUUAUAAAUCAUUUGCUUUAUCAAAUAUCUCUCUCUCCUCAUUUCACCUAACUCUGUGAUGAAAAAAAUCAAGCCCACCAAUUACAUUAAAAGUAGCCUAUUGAUUAAAACCUUUUAUAAUAAAUAUAUUUUAUUUCAAAAUAAAUUUGUAAUGUGAAUAUCAAUAUUAGUCUAUACUUGUUGAUGUUUUUAAUUUUUUAGUACUCUAAAUAUGACUAUUAAAAUUAUUUUUAUGAGGGAGGCUCACGUCUGGGGUUUACCAAAGUGGGGGGACCUGGCCUGAAAAAUUUGAGAACCUCUGAACUAGUAAAUCCACUUUGGUUAUUUAUAAAUAUUAAUGAAUAAUGAUCCAGAUUCAGAAUUAAAACUUUAAUGCAAUCAUCACAAAUUAAUUUAGUUGUUAGUUUACGAACAAUGAAGCCAACAAUUGAACAAUUUAAUAAUAUCAUAAAUGACUUGCUGUAAAAAAGUGAAUUGAUUAUUAUUCUUAAAUACUCGUAAAUUAAUGUCUUUGUAAUUGCUCGAAUAGAUGAGAAAAAUAUUUCUAGAUAUUUUGGCUUUAUAAAUUCUAACCUAGCAACAUGUAAUUACGAUAUAAUCUCCCUGCUUGUCUAUACAUGAUUGCCAUCGUUUCGGGACCGCAUAGGACGCCAUCUUUGUUGAGUUCACGGAUCCUUCGGCUCACUUCUUCAUUUAGUAUAUCUAAGUUGGGAAAACGUUUCCCUCUAAGUGGCUUCUUCAGUUUUGGAAAUAAAUCAAAGUCCGGGGAACUUAAAUCCGGCGAAUACGGUGGGUGUUUGAGGCGUUCCCAUCCAUAUUUCUCUAAAAGAGCGACGACUGGUACUCCGAUAUGCGGCCGCGCAUUAUCGUGCAAUAUGGACACACCAUUUUGUAACAUUCCUGGUCGCAAUUUUUUGGCAAGGAAUGUUUUGUAGUAAUCCCCGGUUACACUACUGCCAAUUGGAACUCGAUCAGUGACAAUUAUCCCAAGUUUAUCGUAAGCAAAAAUCAUCAUUUGUUUUACCUUUGUUUGCUGGCGACGAACUUUUUUUUGCUCUUGGUGAUGUUAUUCCCUUCCAAAUAUUGCUUUGAGAUUUUAAUUCCNCUGGUCGCUUUUUACGGAUUUCUGGUCGCAAUUUUUUGGCAAGGAAUGUUUUGUAGUAAUCCCCGGUUACACUACCUCCAAUUGGAACUCGAUCAGUGAUAAUUAUCCCAAGUUUAUCGUAAGCAAAAAUCAUCAUUUGUUUCACCUUUGUUUGCUGGCCACGAACUUUUUUUGCUCUUGGUGAUGUUAUUCCCUUCCAAAUAUUGCUUUGAGAUUUUAAUUCUGGCUCAAAAUCACGGAUCCAAGUCUCAUCUAUUGCAAUUAUACGAUCAAGAAACGUUUCUUUUUCAUUUUCGUAGCGUGAAAGGAGUUCACGGCUGAUGUCUUUGCGUGUAUCCUUCUGUUCCGGUGACAGAAAAUGAGGGACCCAACGUGCUGCAAUCUUUCGUUUCUGUAGAAUUUCCGUUAAAAUGCGGUGAACACUUGAUUUUGAAAUACCUGUUUCAUUCUCUAUCUCUCUCACCGUUAUUCGUCGGUCUUCAUCGAGUAGAGUUGCGAGANCGAAUUGUUCUCACUUUCGUUAUCGCUCUCACACAUCAUCAUACUUUACUAAAAACAACUAAAACUGAAAACGCACGUGUUCGUUAGACUUCAAACUACAAACUGAUACUAAAAUCAGCUGAUAAUAUCACAUUGCAAGACAGCUAGAGCGCGCUGUGCAAUUACUUUUGGGACAACCCUCGUAUGAUCAAUCAAAUGCUUCAUUGUACAAAAAAUUAUUUUAGAAAAAAAAUCGAUGCACUAAAAAAUAAAUACAUUAUUAAUACUUUUGUUUUUCUGAUAAUGAAACUGUCUACACAAACAAUUUGUUGUUCAACAUUUGCAAAUUUAAACUGAAUCAGAAAAACAAUCUCUUAACAAUUUUCCGACAACUACUAAUAUCCCGUAUGUUAAACGUGAUUACACAAAUUCGACCAACAGUGAGUGAUAUACAUUUUACGCAUGCGCAUUUGUCUCAACUCCCCUUCGUUAUGCUAGUUUCAAAUAUUUAGUCAAUAGCUCCAUCCAUAGUAUAUGAUCUAAGGUUGUAAUAAUUAUAUUUUGAUUGUCUAUAGUAUAGACAAUCAAAAUUAUUCAGACUUCCAAAAUCUUCAUUUCAAAUGGAAAUUAUUGAUUUGCAAGAAGAUAUCUCAUUGCAAAUGAAUAAGACUUCGUCUACUGAAGAUUUUUGGAUAAAACAACAUGCAGAGUUGGAUAAAUACACGAACUGUAAAACCUUUGCCAUAAAAUUAGCUACUAUAUUUGGCUCCACUUAUGUAUGUGAAACUUCGUUUUCAAAUAUNCACCUUGAAAACACUUUACGCAUCAGUUGUUCUCCAAGAGUACCAGAUUUAAAAAAUUAGCUCAAGAAAGGAAAUGUCAUUUUUCUCAUUAAAUUUUGUUAUUAUUAGUAUGAAUGUAUUAUUACUUUAUAAAUAAUUAAAUAUUAAAUACAUUAAUGAUAAAAUUAUGUUUUAGAUUUUUUUGGCCCUCGAAAUUUUUUUUUUUUAAAUAUCUGGCCCGCCGUAUAAAUUAAUUGCCGACCCCUAGUCUAUACCAUUAUAAUCUGCACUCGGUAAUCGUAGUCCGCCUUAUUCUAUUUUCGGGGAAUGAUACCAUAGAACCGUUACAACUAUAUAAUACUUAGAUAGUUUGAUUUAAAUAUUUAAUUGAUAAUUUAGUUAAUUAUUUGAUUUUUUUCGUAAAUACGUCCAUCUUUUUCACUUUGCACUAGAUGUAAUUCCUUUGGCUGUAUAUGGUUAUCUUUUCUAACAUAUUUUACAUUAGGCUAAAAAUAUGGUUGAGAAGUCAAAUGUCCCAGAAAAGACUUACAGGUUUGGAUUUAAUGAAUAUGCAUAGAUAUAUUGAUCUAUAUCUAUUAAUAUUAUAUCAAUAUAAUAUCAAUAUUUCUCACCCACAGUGUCUUUUUUUUUUUCAUUUUUCAAUUUCAAUCUUCCAAAUUUAAAAAUAUUAGAUUUUUUAAUGUACAUUAUUUAUACCAGUUCCAAAUGCAAAUGAAAAAAUUGACUUACAGACGUAUGGACUAAUUAAAAUAAAACAGUAAAAGCAACGAUAGUGAAGACACUUUGAAAGGAUCCUGUAUAAAAUUCCGUGUUUUUUUAAUAGGAAAUCAGUUAUUAUAUUAAAAUAGAUCCAUUCUUGCAUCAAAUAUAAUACAUCGUGAUCAUGAACAUCAACAACCAAUUUGUUUUGCAGGGUUAAACUAGUGGCGUAAUUUUGGGGGCGAGGAGGUCACUUAUCCUCUUACAUUUUUUUGGAGGGGCGAAAGUAUUAUUUUCGUCCCCUUUUUAGAUAAUUCAACAGUACAAAUCUUUGAAUCUUCUUAAGUUAAGAAAGAAUGCUAUAUACUUAACAUAUAAUAUUAAUAAUGUUUUUCCUCAAACUAUUUUAUAAAAGUUUAAAUUUAUUUUAGGUUUCUCUUGUAUAGUAUUAUAUUGAUAUAUCGUCAAUAUUAUUGCAAUAAUCCCAUUAUUUGGGCCACACAAAUAAUCCAAUAUUAAAUCCUGAAGUAUAAACACGAUUUAAUAUUAUUAUCUUUAAAUCAUGAUUAGGACUACAAGAAGGAUAGGUUAUUUUUAGAUCAAUAACAAAUUACAAUAAUAUAAUAACUUAAAGUAUACAUAAUUAUUAUUUUCUUACAUACGUGUAUUGCAACAUUACGUUGCGCUUUACUGAAAAUUAAUAAUAUUCUGUACUUACUCACCAUUGUGUUGCCAUUUGUUAAUAAUGAUUAAUUAAGUAUUUAAGUACAUUAAAAAAAAAAAAGUCCAAUAAACGACAGUUUAUAUUGUUCAAUUCCAUGUCAUCAUAAUCUUACCAUGCUUACCAUGUUUAAUCGAAUAAAUUCGAGAAAAAGUAUAAUUGGUUCAAUCAAUAAUCAAAAUAUAUUUGGUUGUAGUGAUUACCGACAAAAGCUGCUACAUAUGAAAGAACAUUCCCACGCUUAAAAUGUUUAAAAUGUUAUUACAAAAUCGAUUACUACAAAUUCAAAGAUUAUUGAUUGAUUUUGAUAAUAUAAUUGAAAAAUUUGUUUUAAAUUGAAUAGGAGGUAAUAGAGAGUUAAAUAUUAUUCUUUGAUUUUCCAAAGUUUUCAUAAAAAUUGGUAAAAACCGAAAAAUACAAAAACGAAAAUUGACAAAUUUACAGCGUUAAGAUUUCAUAGUUUCAAAAAAUUACGCUUUAUGUUUUCUACCAAAAAUUUACUCCAAUCGAAAAACGGCAAGAUACCUUUUUUGUUUCAUUAUUAAUCUAGUUGGCGAGUUCAGAAACCUUUUUUUUUAUUUUCAGUGUAGUUUUAUUAAUAAUAGAGCAAAAUCAGGAAAGUUUACGUACAUAAUAGUUUCAUUAUUGUCAAUUUUGUUGAAAUUAUGACAAUUCUUAAUAAAGGAAAGGAAAUGAUACAUAAUUUUCAUUGCAGACAAUAUCAGAUUCACAUAUGUCGAAAAUAUAUCAGAUAAAACGAAAUUUCGUUUUUCCGAUGUAAAGGGUUUUUCUGGCUUUCAGUUCGUCGUCCAUCGUCACAUACGACGUUUAAAUAUAUGGAAAACGAUGAAAUUAAACUUAUAGAAUCCGAAAAAGAAAUACAUUCAGUUCUUUCACAUAUUGUCAUUGAAAUAUUAAAAUAAACUCAAAUGCAGACAAUAUCGAUUAUACAAUAGGUUAAUAAUGGGGGAAAAAAAAAAAAAAAAUGGUAAACAAAAGACUUAAAUAGAAAUCAACUUAAUCGUAUUUUAAACGCUUAUGACGAGUACAAAAGCCAUAAUAAUCUAAUUCAAUAUUUAAGAGAAGUAGAUUAUACAUUUCAGUGAAUUCAAAUUUAGGCAUUUUAAAAUAAUUAAUUUACCAUUAUUUAAUUAUACUCAUUACCUAUAUUUUAUUAUUCCAUAUUAAUUAUUAUAGAACUGUACUGGAUAUUUAUUAGGUAUAUGGGCAUAUGGUGAAAUUAAUAAAUUUGACGUUGCAUACAUUUUCAUAUGCAAUCGUAUUCAUUUUUUAUUUUUCUUGACGAUAUUUUUCAACCCAACUACAAACGUACGCAGCAAUUGUGUUUCACUCAACAAUUUCGUAUUCCAGGUACGGAGACUGUACGGUAGACCCGUGCGGCAAGGAACGCAGUCACGGACUGCAGCUGAACGAUCGGACGACCGCGAAGUCGCCCGCGCACCGAUUACGUUGGCGGCGUCAGUUGCAGCUGGUGCCACGUGUGACAGUGGUCCCGUGGACGGACGGCAGGUGUUACGAGUUAGGCACGCAGGGCCCGUGCGCAAGCAACGAGAAAUUAACCGUGCUGCUGUCCGCGAUGCGACCAGGCUGCAUCAAGCCGGCCACCGUCCUGGACCUGUUCUCCAACAAGAAGUCAACGUCCCCUCCUCCGUGUAA